CGGCUGUGGAUUGUUGACGACGGCAACUGCGGCGGCGCCAGGGCCAGCGCUCUAUAGGGAAGGGUCAGUCGGGAAGCAGACAGCUCAGUGACAGACUGCUGCGCCUGGGACUGUGGCGACAAUGGCGGAGGGGCCGGAAAAACCCCAGGUCCGCUUUCCCAGGCAGCGCGGCAAGCGGGAAAACCGAGGCGGGGGCCGCGACGCCGAACCCACCACUCCGAGCUCGUCGGCUGUCAUCCCUUCCCAGGACGAGCAACCAGGCCAGUCGCGGAUCCCGGGGAGGCCUGAGGCGAAGAACCUCGUAGCAGCCUCGGCCUCUGAGGCGGGUCCGGAGGGCGAGCCCGGACCAUCCGAAAGUGAGGCGGACCCCGGCGGCGGCGGUGGGCAGCCGGAGAAACCGACGGCGCGCGAGUACUCCCGGCAGGUGCAUGAGUGGCUGUGGCAGUCGUACUGCGGCUACCUGACCUGGCAGAGCGGCCUCCUGGCUUUCCCCGCCUACUGCAGCCCCCCGCCGCAGCCCCCGCAACCACUACCGCAGCCGCAACAACUGCAGCAGCCAUCUGGCCACCCGGGAAGCGGCAGUCCCGCCAACGGCCCUGCGGCAGGGCCGCCCCUUGCCCCGCUGGGCUACUAUAACCCCUUCUACUGUCUGGCCACCCCGCCCGCAGCCAAUCCUGCGGCGCCUGUGACCCCCGCCGCCCCUCCUGCAGCUACCGCUGCCAGCGCCCCCUCCCAGGCGCCCCGGGCUCCCAACUGGCAGGGGUCGGCUAGAUUAGCCCCGGUGACCAGGGGUGGAGGGGUCACAGCGCCCCGGCAGCAGAAUGAGAACGGGCGUCCUGCAGGUAGAGAAUAUGCUAUUCCAUCAUUGGCACACAGAUUUAUGGCGGAGAUGGUGGAUUUCUUUAUUCUGUUUUUUAUAAAAGCAACUAUGGUCUUAACUAUUAUGCAUGUCAGUGGAAUAAAGGAUAUUUCUAAGUUUGCUAUGCAUUAUAUAAUAGAAGAAAUAGAUGAAGACACAUCAAUGGAAGACCUGCAGAAAAUGAUGAUUGUGGCUCUUAUAUACAGGUUAUUAGUUUGUGUGUAUGAGAUAAUUUGUAUAUGGGGAGCAGGUGGAGCCACUCCUGGGAAAUUUUUGCUGGGACUUCGUGUUGUAACAUGUGAUACAUCGGUACUCAUUGCACCAAGUCGUGUUUUAGUGAUUCCUUCCUCAAAUGUUAAUAUAACAACGUCCAUUAUUCGAGCUUUGAUCAAGAAUUUUUCUAUUGCUUCUUUUUUUCCUGCUUUCAUCACACUGCUAUUUUUUCAGCAUAAUCGAACAGCCUACGACAUUGUAGCAGGAACCAUUGUGGUAAAAAGAAAUGGGGUCAGAUGAUGUGAAGAAAAAUCCCUGAGUUCCAUACUUUCUGUAAUAAUGUCAAGACUAAAAUUAUGUUUUGAGGCCAUCAGUAUCCUUGGGUUAGAUUAACUGGUGUUUUGGAAAUUAAACUGUCACUCCCAUGUGAUGCGGAUGACUAUCCUGAAAGUAUUGACUUUACUUGAAUGCCAAAGAACUUUACCUGAAAAGAAACAGUACUUAUUCAAUGAAAAAGUGUCGAAUUUUUCAAUUGAAAGGAAAGCAUGUAUUGUCGUAAUCAACUAUGGACAUAUACUUUCUUAUAAUUCUAAGGCAUUAUGAUUUGCUGGGAGUAAUUUCAGCCUUGAAGUCUCCAAAUGAAAUUUCUACUGCUUUUUGUGUUUUAACACAAAAGGAUGGAGAAGGUCCGGUUGGUGUGGUGUUUUAUAAACACUUACAUAAUCCACCUAACAAUUCUUAGGAAGAUUACAAUUUUUAUUAUUUCCUAGUGGAUGAAAUUAAUUAUUACUCUACCAUCCUAUUAAUUGGUUACAUGAAGUAUGAAUUGGACAAGGGAGGCUAAGGUUAUCAGUUAUCUCUUACCUAAAGCUUUUAAAUAUAUAUCGCAUUUUACUUAAAGAAUGGUGCAUCCUAACCACUAUUCUAAAUGUUUAAUCCAAAAAUGUAUUUUGUGACAAGUCUUGCAUGAUGAUGAUCACAAGUAUUAAAUCUAUUACUCUAUUAUGAAUGUUUUUAUAAAGGAAUAUAAGUUAGGAUUCCUUUUUAUAAAUGAAUCAAAAGUAAAAUUUUCACCAUAAAAUGAACUUUAUAUUGAUGUGCAAAUGUUUCAGUGCUCUAAAGGAAAUGCUGUAGACUAUAAAUACAUAGAAAUAAUCACUUCAUUUUGAUGGUAAAAAUGAUUACUUCCAUCAAGUUGUUGCAUAUAUAAAUAGUACAGUAUGAAACAAUAUUCUAAUUGUAUUUGCAGCAUGAAGAAAGCAUUAGUAUAUCUCAAGUGUUCUGAAGUUGGAUACAACAUCUUUACAAAUAGGAUUUUGACUCAAUAAUCAGUCCUCACUUUGUAUUCUUUGUAGUUACAUAGUUGUACUGUUGGAGUGAAUUGCAUCAGUCUGUUAAAUAAAGCACCUCAGUAUUUUGUGAUAUAUUUACAUGUCAUUAUACUGUGAAAUGUUUGUAUUUUUCCCAAUAUGAAAUAAUCAUUUGAAAAUAAUUUGCAAAGGAAGUGUUGUCUUAAGACAUUGAUCAGAGUUUAAAAGUGUUCAUUAGUUGCACUGGAAUCCCUUAUUGCUACUUAUUUAUUACCAGUGGGCCAAAAAGAAUUCCGUGAUUUCAUUUACUCAGUUUACUAUUGACCAUGUUGCUGGUUACCAGCAGAGAAUAUAGUAUAUAAGGAGCUAGAAAGAAUAGUAAUUCUAUGGGUUACCAUUUUAUUCAUUCCACUGCUAAAGCAAAGGUAUGCUUUUGUUUCUUUUAUGAAGAGAUGCCCCAGUUAGCACUCUUCAGAUAUUUUUGAGCCAAAUAGCAGGUUUUCCUGGUUUUAUUUGAUUAAAAAAAAAAAAACAUGUUAUAUCCAGCAUCUCCAUUUAUUUGAAAGGAAAGAGCACUAGAUUUGGAAUUAAGGGAGGUCUGAAUUCAAAUUCUAAUUAUAGUAUUACUGAGGUGAUUGUAGACAAUUCUCUUCACCAUUCCUUGUUUGUAAAAUCACAUAAAGCUUGGUUCAGUGGUUUCAAACUCAAAUAGAAACAGAUCUCUAUAGGCUACAUAUUGACUCCAGAAACCACAAAAAUAAAAUUGUAAUUUUAUUUUUUUUGUUAAACAUUUCCCAAUUACAUUUUAAUCUGGUUCCUCCCAUUUGUGGCAGGUGAGUUUGACACCUCUGGACUAAAUGAUCUAAAUUCCUUGCAGAUCUAAAACCCAUGAUCCUAGAAUAUUUUCUUAUAUAAAGUUUUGUCAAAUAAUAUAGAAAUUGUGUAGUAAAAGAAAAUAGCCUUUGAUAUUCUUAACUUUUAAAAAUAACUUUGCUACAUGACCAAGAAACAGCAAAAUUAGAUUUCCUGUUAAUACUGUCAUACCAAUUUUUAAAAUUUCUUUCUCACUAUUUACUAUGAAAAUUAUUUGGAAUACUGUUUUUACAAUUAGUGUUUACAAAACUUGAAUAAUGAACUCUUUUAUGGUGCAACUUUAUUUUAAAACUUCACAAGCCACAUUUGUUUUUUUAGAACUAUUUUGGUGUUAAAAUCAGCUUCACUCAAAACUGUUGGAUGUGUUAUGUUAAAUCUGGUCUUUAUCUAAAUUAGUAUGACAUCAGACAAAAACAAAUUAACCUUUUAAACCCUACAGAAUUCUAUAAAUUUGAAUUAUUCUGUGGGACAGAGUAGGAAAUACUCCACAAUUACAGCUAAUGUAUAUAAUGUUAAUUUCCAGUACUGUUAUAUGUUCUGUCCUUGGAACUUUUUGGUUGUAACUUGAACAUUCAUCCAUUUUUUAGAUUACUAAGGAAGUGAUUUAAAACUUGGGGGGGAAACUGGAUUCUGGUAUUAUGGCCGAUACAAGUGGUACCACACCAAUAAGAGUAUCUUCUCAUUAAAAACUUUCUUAUUAAUAGGAAUCUGAGUGUGCGUGCCACCUCCUAUCCCCUUUUUUGGGGGGGUCCUAAAAUUAUAGUGCCCUUGAGUGAAAUUCAAGUUUAAGAAAAAGAGGUAUUUUUUUUUAAAAAUUAUUGCCUUCAUACUUAAGUAUUUCAUAGUAUUUGUAUAUUAUAAAUUUAAAAUGUAAUGUGUAAAAUAUAAGCAAAUCAUAAAAGGAAAUUAAAGGAAAAAUUUGUGAUAUAUCAGUGAGAGUUCUCUAAAUAUGCCCACUGUAUCUGAGAGUGCAGAAACUUUACAUAUUUAUUACUGGAGUAUAAUAUCACUAUUUUAUAUAAACUCUUCAAGUAUUUAUAAGUAAAAUUGUAAAUGAAUAUAGCCCUAUGUGCUUUGAAAGAUGAGGAAACCUGAAAUGCAUUGUAAAGUUUAACAGUCGUACAGAUCCUUGUUAUAUCAUUUUGUUCAAUCAAGCCUCCUUGAUCAGAUUAUUCAAUCAUAAAGUGGAAUUGAAUUAUGAUAUAAAUAAUGCUUAAUUUUCUAGCAUCUUAAAAGUCUGUUCUAAGCACUUACCUGCCAGUAUUAUGAAAGUAUACUAGCAUACAUUUUCAUGACAGUCUUUCACAACUGAAAUUUACCUACAAUAUAUGUAGGUAUCAAACAUACACAAGACACUGGGGAUAAAAAGACAAAAAUGAAGCAGCUCUUGACCUCAAGGGUCUUAAAUUCUAUUGGGGCAGACCAUUUGUAAAUGUCUAGUUGAUUAUUAAAUAAACUAAUGUACUGUCUAAACAUUUAUUUUCUUAGUAUUCUGAUUUCUCCUAAGAAUACAUAUUUAUCUUCUAAACUAUGUUACUACAUUUAUAAAUGAGAAAAAUUAUGAAAUGAAUAUACAUUUCUUUUGCUAGACUAAUGUGUGUGUAUAUAUAUAUAUACAUAUAUAUAAAUAAUACGAAUUGUCCAUUUCUGUGAUUUUAUUAUACCAUGUAUUUCCAAUAACACCAUAAGUAUUUUACUGUUAUAACUGUGCAGCUAUAGGAAACUACAUUGGCAUUUUUUUUCAGGUAAAGUUUUCUUCAUUUCCUUUCAAUUUCUUGCUAAUUUGAGUAGUUUUCUUUGGCUAGGAAGAAGCAGGAAUUGAUUCCUAAUUAUUUGCUUCUUGUUAAUUUGUAUAUGAGGAUUUGGCUAAGGAGGAGAUUGAAUCUGUUGUAUCCAAAUUUCUAAGUAAAUCCUUUUCAUUUGUGACAUAACUGUCCCAAUUAAAGAAACUCAUGCUCUCUUAUUUAUCUUGGAUAAUGUUAAGGUUAGUUUGCUUUCAAACAUAAUUUCCAAAUGCUUUUAUUAUAAUAGUAUUCAUGAAAUAAACCAUUAUAGAAAAAAGUAAAAAAGUGUUACACAAAUUUCCAUAUCAGGAAAAUUUAUAGUUUUCAAGUUCUUUUACAAAACAACCAUUACAAAUGAUCUGUAAUAGAGAUAUUUCCAACUCAAACACAUUCUUCAAGAAGUAUUUGCUUGAACAAGUGUCUGCUACUACAGAUAAAAAUACAGAAAGGUUAUCAUAGAAAAUGACCAUCAUUGCUUUGUAACACAUCAAAGUAUUCAAUUUGUAAGCUGCCAGUUUGUAUAGUGUCCUGUCUUAAUAAAAUCUUUAUUACAGUCUU